UCGAAGUUCUGGGCGACAUACAAGAAAGCUUCGGACGAGUAUGACAACGACUUCUUAGAGCGGGCGAAUGAUGAUAUGGGCGUUAUCUUGACUUUUGCUGGUCUACUCUCAGCUGUCAACUCUUCAUUCAUCGGCGGCAUGCAGCCUAACCCUGGAGUCACUACGAAUGUCCUCCUGCUAAAGUUGAUCCAAAUUACUGCCAACCCAAAUUCCGUACAUGACAUCAGCACUCUUUCCCUGUCUGAGGGUUAUUCCUCCUUGACCGUCUGUAUGCAGACUUUCGCCUAUACCAGCCUCGUGUUUAGCGUCUUGGCCGCGUCGGGGGCUGUCUUGGGAAAGCAAUGG